AUGGUGAAUAUAUCGGAAAAGAUAAAGGAGAUUCAAGAUGAAAUGUCGAGAACUCAAAAGAAUAAAGCAACUGAAUAUCAUCUAGGGCUGUUAAAAGGAAAGUUAGCAAAGUAUAGAAGAAUGCUCUUGGAUCCAGAUGGUUCUUCCAACCAAGGCAGCAGAGGUCAAGGAUUCGAGGUAAGCAAAAGUGGAGAUGCUCGAGUCUGCUUGAUUGGUUACCCAUCUGUGGGAAAAUCUUCCUUUUUAUCAAAAGUUACAAAAACUCAGUCAGCAGCUGCAGCAUACGAAUUCACAACAUUGACUUCUGUUCCUGGUGUUUUACAUUAUGAAGGAGCUGAAAUCCAGAUUGUCGACUUACCUGGAAUAAUAAAAGGAGCGAGUGAGGGAAAAGGUAGAGGAAGACAAGUUGUCGCAACCGCGAAAACUGCAGAUUUAAUUUUGAUGGUCCUUGAUGCAACUAAAGGUUCUGAUCAGCGCGAGAAUCUAGAAAAGGAACUCGAGGCCAUUGGGAUCAGACUGAACAAAAUCAAGCCUGACAUCAUGAUAAAAUACAAACAAUCGGGGGGUAUAAAAUUGAUUUCAUUAAACCCUCCAUCCCAUUUAGAUGAAAAGCUUGUGUCCUCCAUACUGAAGGAAUACAGAAUACACAACGCAGAUGUUACACUGAAGGAUAAAGAUGCCACUGUAGACGAUUUGAUUGAUGUAAUCAAUGAGAAGCAUGUGGUAUACACACCUUGUCUUUACGUCUACAAUAAAAUUGAUGCCGUUUCGCUGGAGGAGGUGGAUAGAAUUGCACGGGAGCCGAAUACCACAGUGAUGUCUUGCGAAAUGGAACUUUCAAUUGAUGAUGUUGUGGAGGAAAUAUGGUAUCGUUUGAAUCUUUUGAGACUGUACACAAAGCGGAGGAAUGCAAGACCUGAUUUCUCGGAACCACUGGUUGUUCGGAAUAAGUCCACAAUCGAAGAUGUUUGCAAUUCAAUUCACAAAGAUUUGAAAGAAAACUUCAAGUACGCUCUGGUUUGGGGCUCAUCAUCCAAAUUUGGAGUGGCUCCCCAGAAAUGUGGUCUAAAUCAUUUGGUACACGAUCAGGAUGUGGUAACGAUAGUAACAAAAUAA